UCUACCUCGACGCGCCGAAACCGCUCAAGCACAACCGCUGCUGCCGCUACCCGUCUUGUCUGUACACCGUAUCGGCGAUAUUUAAUAAUUUUACUUUCAUUAUUUAAAAAUCGAAUCCAAUAAACCGCAGAACUGGAUUCAGACUUUUCAUUUUCAGUGUUUUUUUUUUUUUAAGUGUGAUUUGUGUCUGUGAUAUAAACGUAGGAAAAACGGUACAAAAAUGGCUCUAGUUGUUAAGUAUAUCGUCGAUGGAUAUCAUGACCUUAUGGAUAACAAAAGUGAUCCCAGAGUCAACGAUUGGUUCCUUAUGAGUUCGCCGUUCUACACAUUGGGCAUCUGUUUAGGAUACGUAUACAUCGUCAAAGUUCUAGGACCUAAAUUUAUGGAAAGUCGGAAACCUUUCGAACUAAAGACGCUUUUAAUUUUUUAUAAUUUAUUUCAAGUUAUAUUCAGCUCGUGGCUGUUUUAUGAGAGUUGUGUGGCAGGUUGGUUGACGCAUUACAGUUACAGAUGCCAGCCGGUUGAUUAUUCUAGGACACCGUUAGCAAUGAGAAUGGUCAGAGGUUGCUGGUGGUACUACAUAUCCAAGUUCACGGAAUUUUUAGAUACAUUUUUUUUCGUACUGCGUAAGAAAUAUGACCACGUUUCUACUCUACACGUGAUCCAUCAUGGUGUAAUGCCGAUGUCGGUAUGGUUUGGUGUUAAAUUCACUCCAGGCGGUCAUUCUACGUUCUUUGGUUUCCUUAACACUUUCGUUCACAUAAUCAUGUACAGCUACUACCUUUUGGCCGCACUAGGACCCAGAUACCAAAGAUACCUCUGGUGGAAGAAGUAUUUGACAGCCAUCCAAAUGGUUCAAUUCAUCUUGGUGAUGGUCCAUGCAUUCCAAUUACUGUUCAUCGACUGCAACUACCCCAAGGCCUUCGUAUGGUGGAUAGGAAUGCACGCCGUCAUGUUCUACUUCCUCUUCUCCAAUUUUUACAAAGAAACUUACAACAGGAACCAAGCAAGGAAGGAGGCCAAAGCAGCUGCAGCCAAAGCAGCCGCUUUAAAUGGAAAACCACAGAACGGAGUCCAUCAAAAUGGCGUGGAAAAGAACGGAUCCCAGAAGAUAGGCAUUUGUUUUACGAGCCAAACGGCUUUGUACGAACACAGUAGCAAUACGAACGGCGUAAAGUCUGUCACUAACGGGUACACGUCAGAAGAGACGAAAACGUUGAGGAACAGGGCGUUUGUUCCGAACGGGAACUAGUAUUUAAAAAAUAAUAUAUUUAAAUAUGAUUUUUAACGUCAUCACAAAUAUAGAGGGUGUUACAAUGCAGACCGAUCGAUAUAUUUCUGUGUAAUUCCAAUUGACAUUUUCAUUCAUUUUUAAAUUUAAGUGACAUCCUUUUUUUAUUUAACUAAUACAUUGGAAAUUGAAAGAUUCUUCUAUGACUAUUAGAAGAAGGGAGUAAAUUGACGAAAAGUGAUAUCGAUGUAUAAACAAACCAGUUUAAUGACAAAAAAAAACAUUUUAAAAUUGAUUUUUGUAUAUAUUUUAAAAGAUUUUUUAGACAAAGCCAAUAUUAUAAUAAUUAUUAAGGUAUACAUGUAAUUGAAUUUAUAUGGAAUCAACCAGUAGGUAUUUUACAGAAAAAAGGUAUUUGUAAUAGUCAAUAUUUUGUUAAUAUUUAUGAACCUUCAAUAUUUUGGUUACGUGCUGCCACUGUUUGUUUUCACCUUGCAA